AUGGAGAAUUCCCAUCACGUUUUAACCUUAGCAACAAUUAACCCCAAUGUUGUUCAAAUGCAAUAUGCUGUCCGUGGUCCGAUUGUUAUCCGUUCUCAAGAACUGGAAAAAGAGCUGAAAGAAGGCCAAAAGAAAAACUUCGAUCAUGUCGUAAAAUGCAAUAUUGGUGAUUGUCAUGCCACUGGACAAAAACCGAUCACUUUUUUCCGUCAAGUUAUUGCUCUUUGCAGCUAUCCUGCUCUACUUGACGAUCCAAAUUUUCCGGAGGACGCCAAGGAUAGAGCUCGUGAUAUUCUAGCUGGAUGUGCGGGGGCAAGUGUUGGUUCUUACAGUAACUCAAUUGGUGUGCCGAUCAUCCGCGAACGCAUUGCUGCCUAUAUUAAGCGUCGAGAUGGUCUCGAUGCUAAUCCCAAUAACAUUUUCGUUUCAAACGGAGCCAGCGAAGCUAUUAAGGCUUUGCUGCUUCUCUGUACUUCCCAAUCUGGACCAGAUCCUGUUGGUGUCAUGGUGCCCUGUCCACAGUAUCCGCUCUACUCCGCCACCAUUUCUGAGUACAAUGCCUACCGGAUUGAUUACUAUCUAGAUGAAUCCAACAACUGGAAUCUUGAUGAGGCCGUGCUGGAGGAUACGUUGGCUCGUGAGAAGGCCAACUGCAAACCUCGUGCAUUUGCUGUCCUCAACCCUGGAAAUCCCACCGGACAAGUUCUCUCAAGACAGUGCAUGGAGGGUAUCAUUCGCUUCGUUAAACGCCAUGGUCUUAUUCUUCUCGCUGAUGAAGUUUAUCAAUUCAACGUUUACAACCCCGACGCUACUCCUUGGAUGUCCUUCAAGAAGGUACUCCACGAAAUGGGUCCCGAGUAUGCUGACAGCGUGGAACUAGCCUCAUUCAUGUCCGCUAGCAAAGGAUACAUGGGGGAGUGUGGAUUCCGUGGAGGCUAUUGUGAACUCAUUAACUUUGACCCUGAUGUACAAGCACAACUCUUCAAGUACCUCUCUGCUCGUCUCUGCCCUGCUGUUCUAGGUCAGGUCAUGAUUGGUGUAAUCUGUGAUCCGCCAAGAGAAGGUGAGCCUUCAUAUGAGACCUUCGUGAAGGAGAGGGAUUCCGUCUUGGCUGACUUGAAAGUGAAGGCCAGACUCACAACCGACACCCUCAAUGCUCUCGAGGGAGUGACUUGCAAUGAAGUGCAGGGUGCCAUGUAUGCCUUCCCUCAAAUUCGUCUCCCUCCUAAGGCUAUUGCUGCUGCCAAGGAAAAAGGCAUGGAACCGGACUUCUUCUAUUGUCUGAAUCUUCUUGAAGAGAAGGGUAUCUGCUUCGUUCCUGGAUCUGGCUUCGGUCAACAACCUGGUACUUACCACUUCCGAACCACAAUUCUUCCAUCGGUUCCAGUAAUGCGUAAAGUGAUGGCCGAUUUGGGAGAUUUCCACAAAGACUUCCUGGCCAGGUACUCUUCCUAA